AUGGACGAACGGGAGCAAAUAAAAAAACACGCAUGUAAAAGAAAUUAUUUUGUAAUAAGAGGUGCGAGAACGAAACCAGCGGAAUAUCCACAUAUGGGCGCCUUGGGUUGGAUGACUUUCGACGAUUCUUGGAUAUUUCUCUGCGGUUCUUCGUUGAUCAGUGAAAAAUUUGUGUUAACUGUAGCUCAUUGUACGAAAACAAACAACGUUGCCGUGAAACACGUUCAUCCCAAAAUUGUUAGACUGGGAGUGACGGAUAUUUAUAAUUCAAGCAACGAAACUCCAAUGGAUGUCGACAUUAAGAAAAUAAUACUUCAUCCUCAAUAUGAUCCUCCGAAAAAAUAUUACGAUAUUGCUCUUUUGGAACUAAAAACUGAAGUCCAAUUUACGAAAUUUAUCCAGCCAGCUUGUUUGUGGAGCAAACCUUAUUACCCAGAAAAGGAACUCACUGUUACCGGUUGGGGAGCUUUUGAUAAGGCUAAUAAGUUUUCACAUAAACUUCUCUAUGCGAAAUUGGACUUAUUCCAUCCAAAACUUUGUGAUAAUUCAGUUUUGAAUAAUAGAAAUUGGUGGGGAACGUCUAAACAACAAUUGUGUGCUGGCAAAGCGGAUGGCAGCGUAGACACGUGUUUUGGUGAUUCAGGUGGUCCAUUACAAUUCAAAUUGUAUGAAACGAAAAAAGAGGGCACCAUGCAUAUGGUUAUCGGGAUAACAUCAUUUGGUUCUGCUAGAUGUGCUCAAAAGGGCAUUCCCGCUGUAUAUACUAAUGUAGCUACUUUUAUAAAUUGGAUUGAAAGAUACGUGUGGCCAGAAGUAAGGUUUCGUUCUUCUAGUCGUAUCAUUUUCAGAGAAUGACUAAUAUCUAAAAAAAAAAAAAAAACAAAUUAAUCCAAUUAAUAAAACAACUAUUGUCCACCAUUUUGAAUUUCAAAGACUGCUAAGUUAAGACCAUAGCCUAUGAUUUUUAAGGAACUCAAGCGGAUCGUGUAUAUGCUAAGGUCUUUACUACGUACCAUA